GCUGCCAAUGUGGUGGAUUAAGCUUGGCUUCGCGUCCACCCGUCCUCUGAAGUCCUGGCGUGUGAACUUGCAGCAGGAGCGAUAUGCGCAGCUGGAUGACUGGAUCAACGACCCGCUCAACAUUCCGAAGGUUGUGGAUAUCUCCAAGCUCUUCAAUCCGCAGAGUUACCUGACCGCCAUCAAACAGAUCACCUGUCAGAAUGUGGGCUUGGAGCUCGACAAGCUGCAAGUCUUCACGGAUGUUACGAAGAAGGAGCCCAAGCAAAUUGAGGCCCCUUGCAAGGACGGAGCCUACGUGUCCGGCAUGUACUUGGAGGGCGCUCGCUGGGACAUGACCUCCAACUCCUUGGAAGACUCCAAGCCGAAGGAGAUGUUCACCGGCAUGCCGGUGAUCACAUGCAAGGCAGGAAUGGCGAGCGACAAAGUGGACAAGAACAUUUACGUUUGCCCUACGUACUGCGUGCCAACUCGUCGGCCGUACUUCGUGUUCGCAGCACAGCUUCGCACCAAGGCGCCAUCGGACAAGUGGGUUCUCGCGGGUGUGGCGAUGAUUCUGGACAUCGGCCUCUUGCAUGGCAGUACUGAACGGCCAGCGGCAGAGAAGCCGACAAUCAAAGCACAAUGCUUGCACAGUUAUGCAGUUCCCAGUCUUGAAGCCUAUAGGAUCGAUGCUUAUGCAAAACAUGGAGAUCUGGCCGCGGCAGAGAGGCUGCUGCAACAAAUGAAUGCCGCAGGCGGCAUCCCCAAGCCUAUUGUCUUUCUAAGGCCAUCUCUCCUGCCCGUAUCGAUAUCCCUUGCACUCAUGUUGCACUCUUUGUACCGGCCACAGCAUGUGGCACGAGGCGUGGUGUAUGGCAGUGUCCUGCCUAGGUCCGGUGGAGGCUUUCAAGGCGAUCCCAAGUUGAGGGGCUUGCCGGAGCGGCACGAGCGUUCACAUUGGUUUGAUGAGGAAGGGGCCGGUGUGGAGGAGGUUGCAAUACUGAGACAUCAGAAAGGCGAAAGGCGAAGACCUGCAGCGUUCCAGUCAUCCUUGAAGGCGGUCAUAGGCGCUUCCAAGUGGCUAUCAGAGAUGCAGCGGCGUGGUCUUGAUGCUGAUGUGGUCACCUACACGGCGAUUAUCCAUGCCUGUGCAAAAAAAGGGAAGGUUGAGGAGGCGACGCAGUGGAUGGAGCACAUGCAGAGUUCUGGCCUCCAGGCGGACUGCGUAGCCUGGGCAGCACUGAUCAAUGCAUAUGCAAAGCGAAGCGAUGCCGAUGGGGCGCUGGCUUUGCUUCGUGAUUUGGCCGCUCAAGCUUCGAAGCCAAAUGUGGUUGCCUAUUCUGCGGUUCUGAAGGCCUUCGCCCGCACUGCUCAAGCUGAUCGUGUUGGGUCGCUGCUGCAGGAAAUGCAGGGCUUAGCCGUGACUCCGAACCUCAUCACUUGGACCUCAGCCAUCGAGGCGUGUGCGAAGAGCCAGCCAAGGCGCCGCGAGGAGGCAGAGGAUCUUCUGCGCCAAGCGAUCAGAUCUGGGCUGAAGCCUGAUGCAAAGCUCAUCCGCACUAUGAUGCGUGCUGUCGGUGCACCUCGCUGCAUGAGCCUGUGCCGGGAGUUGGGCGCCACCGAAGCGGCAAUGGACGUUUUCGCAUCAUCGCUGCAGUCUGGUUUGCCUGAUGGUUCCAAGUUCACUCUGCAGGCCGUCUCGGCUCGCAAGAAGCGUGCUGAUGAGUCCAGGGAAAUGCUGGGGUCCUUGAGGGCCGAACGGUGGCUUGAAGUCUAUCCUGCUUCCAAGGAAGUAGGUGUAGGUAGGGUUGACUUCGCCGGCGUGAGGCGCAGCAAGUUGAACAAAUUGUGCUGGGAGAAUGUCCGGCUGACAACAGACGGCUUGGUGCGGGUGGAGGUUCAAAGUGCUGAUCGGCUGCAGCAAAUCGUCACACUACUGAUUCGCAAAGUGCUGGCAGAGCCUUACUUCAGCGAUCUGUACGCAGAGCUGGUCAGUGGGCUUUGGAACAAAUACCAAGUCUUCCCGGCGGAAGGUGACAUGAAGCCUCACAGUUUUGCUCGAAUAUUUUUGAACACUGUCCAGGCCGAGUUUGAAGAUUUGCUGGCAAAGCUGGAGUCUGGUCAAACAGGUCGCUCUGCACACACCGCUGAGUUGAAGCUGGGGAUUGAGACGAGAAGGACAAGUGAGAUGCUGCGGGCUCUCAUGAUGUUCAUGGGGCAUCUGUUUUUGAAGCAACUACUGGCAGUAAGAGUUCUGGAUCACGUUGUUGAAGAGCUUAUUGGCCUGGACGAUGCGGCACGGCCCUGGCCGGAAGAGUAUCGCAUUGAAUGCGUUUGCGAACUGUUUCGCAUUGUCGGUUGCAAGCUGGAUGAGACCUCACGUGGGAUGGAGACGUUUAGCACUCUUGCUCGGAGGUUGCGUGAGAUUAACACCAAGUACCAAUGCCUGGCAAAACCAGUUUGCAGCAAGCGAAUCGAUUUUAUCAUAGACAGCCUCUUGCGGCUGCGCGAGAAACCUGACAGCCUGGCAGUUUGA